AUGUCAAGGAAAGUGCCAACUAAGCUAUCAUGGAACUUCAAGAAGGCUGACUGGCCUAGAUUCACAAAUUUUUUAGAAUAUGAACUUCUUUCAAGUCCCUUCAACUUCAACCAACAUCCUGACAAACUUUGCACUGCUAUCACGAAUAUUAUGAUCAGAUGUACAAAGAAAACUAUUCCCCGAGGCAAAACAAAACACUAUCGAGUGUUUUGGUCUAAACACCUUGAGGAACUGAAAACAAAUCGGGACACUCUUCGCAACACUGCUGAUCAGACUGGAAGAACAGAAGACGCACAAGCCUGGAGACGACAGUCGGCUGUCCUAAGGCAAGCCAUCUUACAAGCUAAACGGACUUCCUUCGACAAGUUCAUCUCGAAUAUCAACUAUCAAAGUGAUGGCCAACGCAAUCCAAAUUCCUGGGUAACCUCUUAA